AAUAAAUAAAUGAAUUAAUCAGGGACGGAGUAAGCAACGGCAGUUAUAUAUAGAGCCAUGCUAGUUACAGUGAAGUAUUAAAGUCAGUCCUGUUGUGGUGGCGGACAUAAUGGACGUUGGAAUUUUAAUUAGAUUUGGGUUAUUUGCUCUUGUUUUAGGAAUACUACUAACAGGAAAUGAAGUUUUCGGGCAAGGGAACCAAAAUGAUCCUAAUCGGGGCGUACAAAACACUGGGACCGACGCUGGAGUGGAUGGGGCCGCCAGUAAUUCUAGUUCCGUUACUGGUGAAGUAAAUUCGGCCAAUGCAGUAAGUAAGGAAGGAGAUACUGGUUCCGGUUCCGGAUCUAGUGGACAAGCUUCAGGGGUCGAUGCGGGAUCUAGUGGAAAAACAGUUGGUGCAGACGCGGCAAUAAGUGGACAAGAGGCUGCCGAUGUUGGAUCAAAGGGAAAACCACCUGGUGCUGAUGCUGGAUCAAAGGGACCAGCACCUGGCGCCGAUCCUGGAUUUAAGGGGCCAGCAUCUGGCACCGAUGCUGGAUCAAAGGGACAAGCAACAAGCGCCGAUGCGGGAUCUAGUGGAAAAGCUGUUGGUGCAGACGCGGCAACAAGUGGACAACAAACUGCCGAUGCUGGAUCAAAGGGAAAAACACCUGGUGCUGAUGCUGGAUCAAAGGGACCAGCAUCUGGCACCGAUGCUGGAUCAAAGGGACAAGCAACAAGCGCCGAUGCGGGAUCUAGUGGAAAAGCAGUUGGUGCAGACGCGGCAACAAGUGGACAAGAAAUUUCCGAUGCUGGAUCAAUUGGAAAAACACCUGGUGCUGAUGCACCUGCAGCCGAUCCUGGAUUAAAGGGACCAGCACCUGGCACCGAUGCUGGAUCGAAGGGACAAGCAACAAGCGCCGACGCGGGAUCUAGUGAAAAAGCUGUUGGUGCAGACGCGGCAACAAGUGGACAAAAAGCUGCCGAUGUUGGAUCAAAGGGAAAAACACCUGGUGCUGAUGCUGGAUCAAAGGAACCAGCAUCUGGCGCCGAUCCUGGAUCAAAGGAACCAGCACUUGGCGCCGAUCCUGGAUCAAAGGGACCAGCACCUGGCACCGAUGCUGGAUCAAAGGGACAAGGAACAAGCGCCGAUGCGGGAUCUAGUGGAAAAGCAGUUGGUGCAGACGCGGCAACAAGUAGACAAGAAGCUACGGGAUCCGGAGGACAAACCGCUGACACCGAUGCAGUAUCUGGUGGACAAGCCACUGGUGUAGAUGUUGGGUCAAAGGGACCAGCAUCUGGCGUCGAUGCUGGAUCAAAGGGAAAAGUACCUGGUGCCGAUGCUGGAACAAAGGGAAAAACACCUGAGGUUGAUGCUGGAUUAAAGGAACCAGCACCUGGCGCCGAUGCUGGAUUAAAGGGAAAAAUACCUGGUGCUGAUGUUGGAUCAAAGGAACCAGCACCUGGCGCCGAUGCUGGAUUAAAGGGAAAAACACCUGGUGCUGAUUCUGGAUCAAAGGGACCAGCACCUGGCGCCGAUCCUGGAUUAAAGGGACCAGCAUCUGGCACCGAUGCUGGAUCAAAGGGACAAGCAACAAGCGCCGAUGCGGGAUCUAGUGAAAAAACAGUUGGUGCAGACGCGGCAAUAAGUGGACAAGAGGCUGCCGAUGUUGGACCAAAGGGAAAAACACCUGGUGCUGAUGCUGGAUCAAAGGAACCAGCACCUGGCGCCGAUCCUGGAUUAAAGGGACCAGCAUCUGGCACCGAUGCUGGAUCAAAAGGACAAGCAACAAGCGCCGAUGCGGGAUCUAGUGGAAAAGCUGUUGGUGCAGACGCGGCAACAAGUGGACAAGAAGCUGCCGAUGUUGGAUCAAAGGGAAAAACACCUGGUGCUGAUGUUGGAUCAAAGGGACCAGCACCUAACGCCAAUGCAGGAUCUAGUGGACAAGCGAGACAAGAUGCUGGUGCCGGUUCGGGAUCUAGCGGACAAGCAACUGGCGCUGAUGCUGGUAGCAAACCAAAUGGUCCUGAUGCCCAGCAGACUAUAGCUGAUACCGAGGUCGGGGAACAGGUUGAUACCGAAACCCCAUCGGGAGGCGGACAAGCAAGUGUCGGGCAAAGAACUGCUGCAGAAACAGCAGAAGGUGCAUCUAAUGGUGGAGAACCAACCGAAGCCCCUGAAAGGAGCCAGUCAAGUCAAUGCCAACAAUUUUCAUACCAAAAUGUGGGCAACAAAGUUGUCUUUGAUGUAGAGUUGGAUUGUCAUUUAUCAGUUGAUGUAGACACAGCAAAGACACCCAAGGGGAAGAGAAAAGGGAAGAAGGGCAAACCAGACAGAAACCUUGCUGAAAUGCAGACGUCAAAUGGAAAUAAAGCUGUGGAUGGCUUGUGCCCAAAAUUGGUGACGUAUACUAUGCCAGGUGGAAUCGUCCAUAUCAAGACGACUUCAAACUGCCUUAUUAUAAUAUACCCUGAGAGAAAAGCAACAGGACGGAAAGGAGCUGUUCCAAGAAAAGUUGUGUUCACGAAGGUAGAAACUGGAACUAAAGUAGGGAAGAAAACGUUUAAGAUGACCGGGAAGGCGGCCAAUAAAAGCAAACAAGUAAAUGAAACGAAAAAGGUGACUACGACAAAGAAAAUAGGACAGGGAAAAGGAACGAAAAAGGUGACUACGACAAAGAAAAUAGGACCGGGAAAAGGAAAAGGACAAGCAGUAUAAAACAGUGCCUGUGAAAAGGGUAUUGAAACUAAAUUUAAAGAUAAAGCUUGCAAUGAUCUGUGUCGGAAGCAUUAUAGUUCUUCUACAACUUGAGGACAACUCUGUGCCGUAUAAAAGUCUUCACAUGUUGUACGGAAAAGUACCUGCUUACUGGACACUAAAAUAAGUUGCAAAUAGCAUUUUAAUGCAGUAACGGAUUAUUUAUAUAAAUAUAUCUUUUUUUAGUAUACACAAGUAUGAACGAAUGCAUAAGUAAGACUUUGUUGAAGUUUCACUAAUACAUGUUAUGUAUACAUGUCGUAUUUUAUCAUGUCUGUGCGUUAUGGUCGUAAAAUGCAUAAGUCAUAUAAUGACAUUAUUCGACUUUGAUGGGUUCUCGGAAACACUUUUGUACAUAUUUUAUCAAAGGGGAAAACAUACCUAAUGAUUAAUUGAUUUUAAAUGAAAGGCAUCACCAAGCCUUUCAUAACGCUGAAAGAAUGUUUAAAAUCGGACCACUCUUAAUGUAAAUCAAAAAUAGACUUGGCAAUUUGAACUUUUAGAAAAAGGUUGAUCACGGAAGCAGCAACAGUUUCAGUUUGUUUAUGACGUCAUUUACAAACAACCUUUUAAACAGAUUUUAAUCUCGGAAGUUUCUUGAGUUUAAGGUAAAAAGCGCAAUCAUUUCUUUCGUUUUACAAAACGUAAAGAAAAUAUUUGACAGAAAGAAGGAAAUGCAGUUUAAAUGAAUACGAAAAAAUAAAUAAAAUCUGCCAUUUUA